AUGUUUAAAGAAGAUUUGGGUGCUACUUUAUGUUUCAGGAGUAGCAGUGAGGCUGGUGUGGUUGGAGGGCACAUUUGUGGAAUCCAACAUCUCGAACGGAUAGGAAAGAAGCUGAAUCUCUUUGACUCCCUUUAUUUCUGCAUCGUGACGUUUUCUACUGUGGGCUUUGGGGAUGUCACACCUGAAACCUGGUCCUCUAAGCUUUUUGUUGUUGCCAUGAUCUGUGUUGCUCUUGUGGUUCUACCCAUACAGUUUGAACAGCUGGCCUAUUUGUGGAUGGAGAGACAAAAGUCAGGUGGAAACUAUAGUCGACAUAGAGCUCAAACUGAGAAGCAUGUUGUUCUGUGUGUCAGUUCACUGAAGAUUGAUUUACUUAUGGACUUUUUAAAUGAAUUCUAUGCUCACCCAAGACUUCAGGAUUAUUAUGUGGUGAUUUUGUGUCCUACUGAAAUGGAUGUGCAAGUUCGGAGGGUACUGCAGAUUCCAAUGUGGUCACAAAGAGUUAUCUACCUUCAAGGCUCAGCCCUUAAAGAUCAGGAUCUGUUGAGAGCAAAGAUGGAUGAUGCUGAGGCCUGUUUUAUUCUGAGCAGCCGUUGUGAAGUGGAUAGGACAUCAUCUGACCACCAAACAAUUUUGAGAGCAUGGGCUGUAAAAGAUUUUGCUCCAAAUUGCCCUCUGUAUGUCCAGAUAUUGAAGCCUGAAAAUAAAUUUCAUAUCAAAUUUGCUGAUCAUGUUGUUUGUGAAGAAGAGUUUAAAUACGCCAUGUUAGCUUUAAACUGUAUUUGCCCAGCAACAUCUACACUUAUUACACUUCUGGUUCAUACCUCUAGAGGGCAAGAAGGCCAGCAGUCACCAGAACAGUGGCAGAAGAUGUAUGGUAGAUGCUCUGGCAAUGAAGUAUACCACAUUGUUUUGGAAGAAAGUACAUUUUUUGCUGAAUACGAAGGGAAGAGUUUUACAUAUGCCUCUUUUCAUGCGCACAAAAAGUUUGGCGUCUGCUUGAUUGGUGUUCGGAGGGAGGAUAAUAAAAACAUUUUGCUGAAUCCAGGCCCUCGAUGUAUUAUGAAUGCUACAGAUAUAUGUUUUUAUAUUAAUAUUACCAAAGAAGAGAAUUCAGCAUUUAAAAACCAAGACCAGCAGAAAAAAAGCAAUGUAUCAAGGUCAUUUUAUCAUGGACCUUCUCGAUUACCUGUACAUAGCAUAAUUGCCAGCAUGGGUACGGUGGCUAUAGACUUGCAAGACACAAGCUGUAGAUCAACAAGCGGCCCCACCCUGUCUCUUCCUACAGAGGGAAGCAAAGAAAUCCGAAGACCUAGCAUUGCCCCCGUUUUAGAGGUUGCAGAUACAUCAUCUAUUCAAACAUGUGAUCUUCUAAGUGAUCAAUCAGAAGAUGAAACUACACCAGAUGAAGAAAUUUCUUCAAACUUAGAAUAUGCUAAAGGCUACCCACCUUACUCUCCAUAUAUAGGAAGUUCACCCACUUUUUGUCAUCUCCUUCAUGAAAAAGUGCCAUUUUGCUGCUUAAGACUAGACAAGAGUUGCCAGCAUAACUACUAUGAGGACGCAAAAGCCUAUGGAUUCAAAAAUAAGCUAAUUAUAGUUGCAGCUGAAACAGCUGGAAAUGGAUUGUAUAAUUUUAUUGUUCCUCUCAGGGCAUAUUAUAGACCAAAGAAAGAACUUAAUCCCAUAGUACUGCUAUUGGAUAACCCCCUAGAUGAUUUACUCAGGUGUGGAGUGACUUUCGCUGCCAACAUGGUGGUUGUGGACAAAGAGAGUACCAUGAGUGCCGAGGAAGACUACAUGGCAGAUGCCAAAACGAUUGUAAACGUGCAGACCCUUUUCAGGUUGUUUUCCAGUCUCAGUAUCAUCACAGAGCUUACUCACCCAGCCAACAUGAGAUUCAUGCAAUUCAGAGCCAAAGACUGUUACUCUCUUGCUCUUUCAAAACUGGAAAAGAAAGAACGAGAGAAAGGUUCUAAUUUGGCCUUUAUGUUUCGACUUCCUUUUGCUGCUGGGAGGGUGUUCAGCAUCAGUAUGUUGGACACACUUCUGUAUCAGUCAUUUGUAAAGGAUUAUAUGAUUUCUAUCACCAGACUUCUGUUGGGAUUGGAUACUACACCAGGAUCAGGGUUUCUUUGCUCUAUGAAAAUCACUGAGGAUGACCUAUGGAUCAGAACUUAUGCCAGACUUUACCAGAAGUUGUGCUCUUCUACUGGAGAUGUUCCCAUUGGGAUCUACAGGACUGAGUCCCAGAAACUUACUACAUCUGAGUCUCAAAUAUCUAUCAGUGUAGAAGAGUGGGAAGACACCAAAGACUGCAAAGAACAAGGUCAUCACCGAAGCAACCACCGCAACUCAACAUCCAGCGACCAGUCAGACCAUCCCUUGCUGCGGAGAAAGAGCAUGCAGUGGGCCCGAAGACUGAGCAGAAAAGGUCCAAAACACUCUGGUAAAACAGCUGAGAAAAUAACCCAGCAGCGACUGAACCUCUACAGGAGGUCAGAAAGACAAGAGCUUGCUGAACUUGUGAAUAAUAGAAUGAAACACUUGGGUCUUUCUACAGCGGGAUAUGAUGAAAUGAAUGAUCAUCAAAGUACCCUCUCCUACAUCCUGAUUAACCCGUCUCCAGAUACCAGGCUAGAGCUGAAUGAUGUUGUAUACUUAAUCCGACCAGAUCCGCUGGCAUACCUUCCAAACAGUGAGCCCAGUCGAAAAAACAGCAUCUGCAAUACCACAGGUCAAGACUCUCGGGAGGAAACUCAACUUUGAUAAAAAGAAAAUAAGAGACCUUUUUUUUUUUUUCCUACAAGAAUCUUGCUUAAACCAACUCUAAAUCUUAGGGGAAAAUAAGUGCUGCUGGCAUGAAAUAAACUCGAUCAGAAUAUA